AUGAAGCUUUCCAUCUUCACAGCCCUUACCCUCCUCUUCGCCGGCAUUCAAGCGGCCCCGACCUCUGAAAAUCCAUCCGUCGUCUUGAACAAGCGAAAGUACAUCAACGACUGCGGUACUUCGACCUUUGUCGACGAAACUACCAGCGGCUCUCCCAAAGUUGCCGACUGCAAGAAGAUUGCAACCAACAUUAAGAGCGGAGGUACUUGGACUUUUGAAGGCUUUGGUGUCCAGCAUCAGCUCGUCCAGUAUGGCACUUGUGCUUUCGGUGUAACAGUCUCCGCGGACUAUUACACCAUGAUCGGCAACGAGGAUAUCAUCGAUUUGAUCACCGACUCCAUCGAGAAGUACAAAUGGGAGGGCAAAGUUGGUGCUAAAGGCCACAUGAUGUGCGAAGGACAAGAUGGCAAGAAUGAGGUUGUUUGGGGUAUUUACAAAACUUGA